AUGCACUUCUCUACGCGCACAAUUACCGGCAUCGCCGUCUUUAUCACGGUCACGAUACUCUACACAAUCAACGCAGUCUCCGCACGCGACCCUACUUCGUUCUUCUUCAACCCUCGCAAAGGGUACGCGGCCCGAUAUUCUGCUAUUCGACGCCAGCAGGCCGAGGACUUCCUCCAGGCCUACCACGAUGCGCCGAGCCAUAAAAUAGUCAAAGCUGGACACGAAAGAAACAGAAAGCUGUGUGUGGGCAUACCUUCCUUCAAACGUGAAGGGGUGCACUAUCUGCGAGAUACUGUUGGCUCGCUACUAGAAGGCCUGACACCGGAAGAACGACAGGAAAUAUACCUCAUAGUGUUUAUACCCCAUUCGAACCCGAACGUACACCCCGAGUACAAUGAAGCUUGGCUACCUGGACUGGCGGAUCAAGUCUUGACGUAUCAGUUUGGCGAUGACCAGAUGCAGCAUAUCCGCAACAUGGAGCGACAGGGUGGCUUGUACGUCGAGAAAGCGCUGUUCGAUUACAGAUAUCUCCUCUCAGCGUGUACCGAGCAGUUCACGCCAUACAUCGCUAUGAUCGAGGACGAUAUUAUAGCUAUGGAUGGGUGGUACCACCGUACGAUGGAUGCAAUCAACCUGGCUGAACAGCAGGCUGCAGAACGUCGAGCAAGGGCCGACUUCCUCUACCUACGCUUGUUCUACACAGAAGAGUUCUUUGGCUGGAAUGCUGAGGAUUGGAGGAGCUACCUGUACUACUCUGUGUGGGUAGCCGGCAUACCCACCGCGAUCCUGCUCUUCGUACGCUGCGUUCGACCCACGACCAAGCUCUCGCUUACCAUCACCACACCACGCUCGGUCAUCGCAAUCUACACUCUUCUCGCAACCAGCAUCCUAAUCUUCUUCGGCAUGGGCCGCAACACCGUACUUCCCAUACCCACUGGAGUGGCCGAAAUGUCUGAGUUUGGUUGCUGCGCCCAGGGCUUCGUGUUUCCCCAUCUCAAGGCUCUGGCCCUCGUCGACUACUUCAAGGACCGACGCCUUGGCUUUGUGGAUGUGCUCAUAGAAGACUACGCCAAUGAGAGAGGAGAACUGCGAUACGCCAUGACGCCGAGCGUUAUGCAGCAUGUCGGCAAGAAGAGCAGCAAGAUUGACGAUUAUGGGCCGCAAAGUAAGUGGGGCAGGAGUGUCGCAGAGAAGAUCUGGAGUUUCACGUUCGAGAAGUUCGAUUGGAGAAAGUUGAGGCAGGAGCACGAGGAGGAUGCCAGAGAGAGGAAGGAAGAGAGAGCCGAAAGAGAGGCACAAUUCGCCAAUCAGCAAGCUGGCGUCUGA